AUGUCGGACGAAAAGGGCAGCAAGGGCAUCUCCCUCCGCCGCAAGAAGACCACCGCCCGCCCAACCAUCUCCGCUCCGCGCCAGAUCGGUGUACCGCAGCAGCAGCAACGACGUGACGCGAGUGCUGAUAGUCGUAACCCUUCGACAUGGGACACGCAAAGCACGCAUUCAGCCCAGACGGGUCUGUCAGUACCUACUCCAGGUCGACCAAGCAUCAGUGGAGACAAGACGAGCGACCUGGUCAAGAGGAGAUAUAGUACGCGAUUCGCUGGAGGACAGCCUCAGUACGGCGCGAAUGGUGGGGACGGAGGACUCGUGCCAUUUGUACCCAGUGUGCCGAACAUCCCGUCGCAAUAUAAGCAGCAAGGACAGGGCAGACCAAGUCAAGACAGCAGAUCCCCGUCCCGGGAUGGCCGCAGUCCAGAACGUGGACGUGGGCCACUAAGAGUCGACGCAAGAGCUCUGAAGGAUCCAAAUCUCCAAGCCGAGAAGUAUGUGCAGAGUAUAUUGGCGGAAGCCACAGAGUCAGACAUUCACAACUACAAGAACGACCUCCAGAAUGUCAAGCUUUCCACAAGCACCGAUCUCAAACAUAAUGUCUACCAAAAUCGCACACAGUUCAUCAAGAUAUCCAAGGAAGCCGACAAGCUCAAGUCCGAGAUGCGUUCCUUGCGCACACUAAUGGGCGAGUUGACCGGAGCACUGGGUCAUGCGACAAGUGCGGGUGGCAUAGACGAGCUAGGAGCACCAGGCAGCAGACUGAGCAUGCUCGGCUCCGUCGCCGAUAGGAAGCGCGCCAAUAGAAGCAGCGUAGCGAACCUCGAGGCGAUGUGGAGCACACACUUGCAAACGCUCUGGAAGAGGGUGGAAGGCAGUCAGAAGUACCUUCCUGCUCUCCCAGGCAGACACAUAAUAAUGGAGAGUCAGCGCUGGAUCGAGCUGAACAGCGCAACGUGGAAACCUCGAAGACGCGUUGCACUAGUCGUGCUGAACGACCACCUGCUCGUUGCCAGCGAGAAGAAAAAGCAAAUAGAAGCUCAAGCAGGCGGCAACAGAACCAGCGUCUACGGCUCCGCUCCCGCAACAGGACAGACUCAGACAAUGCUCAUAGCCGAACGCUGCUGGCCGCUUCAAGACGUAAGUCUAGCCGACAUCUCCUCCCCAUCAAAUGCCGGCCACACCAACUCCCGCGAACACAAAACCCUCCAAAACGCCAUCAACAUCCGUGCCGGGACCGAAAGCUUCACCUACGCCACUACAGACGGCGCGGAGAAAGCUGGUAUCCUUGUAGCAUUCCGCAAGACACAAGAGGAUCAGAGGAAAUUGAUGGCGGCGGAGCAUGGACAGCGGGAGAAGAAAUUGGAUGAGAUGACCUUGCUUACUGGGCGUGAUUUGAGAUUGCUCAAGAAAGCUGCCGCUGAGCAGGCGGAGGCGGAGAAGGUGAGUGGGAUUUCGAGAAGUAAUUCUGUGUUAAUUGAUGUGGAGGGGAGGCAGCAGAAUAUUCGGUGGGUGGAGAGUCAACUUGACGGCUUGGAUAUCGAUAUUGCGCUCCAGCGGUUUGAAGAAGCUGUUGGCAGGGUGGAGAAGCUUCGGCAGAUGGCUAGGGGGAUCAAGGGGAAUGUGACUGCUCAAGAAAUCAUCCAGAGCAAGGUCGAUUCGCGAGCGGGAAAGCUUGCAGGGCUCGUGGCGAGGCAAUUGAGUCAAGGUAGUUCUGGUCUUGAAGGCGUGAGAGGUAUGGCUGGUUGGCUUGGACGACUAGGGUAUGAGGAGAUGGCGCGGACGAAAUACCUUGACUCUCGCACGGAAACCAUGCGGGCGCGGACAAGGCAGUUGCCCUUCACAGGUGAGCUGCAGCCGUACUUGCAUGCCCUCUCUUACACUACCUUUACCCUACUCCUCCACACCUUCCGAACUUUCUCCGCGGCCUUUCCGCCCUCGGCUGGGAGUGCGGUGGUGAAGUGGGCGAAGGAGAGGGUGGAUGAGUUCAAUGGUGCUCUUGCUCGACAGAUGGAGACGGUGCAGAAGAAUAGCCAGAUAUGGAUUGAGUGUGUGGGUACUGUGAGAGAGCAGGCCGCUGUGCUUGGGGAGGUGGGAGUUGACUUUAUGGCUUUCGUCGGCAAGGGGGUGUGGGAGGAGGGAAGUUUGAGUAGUGGAGCUCAGAGUGCGGGUGGUGGGACCGGGAGGAAGGGUGUUACGCUUCGUGAUGAUGGGCCUGUGGGCUUGGGCGUCUCGACGUAA